GGAGCUGGCUUGGAGCCUCAGCCCUUUGCCUUCCUCUUCUCUUUCAUCUUUUGUUAGGGAUCCUGGGCUCUCCUCUUUUCUCUGAGAAGUCAGAGUCUAAGUGUUCCAUUCCCAGGGAUGGAGUGCCCUUAGGGCCAGGGAGAGUGAAGGCCGGAGGAGGCACCAGCUGGAGAAGGAGGGCAGGGCCUGGAUGCCAAGUCUGGAAGGGAAGGAGCUGCUGGCCAAUCAGGAGUGAGCCGACUGCACCCUGACCUGCUGGGCUGGGACAGCACAGGACCCACAGGUGUCUGUGAGUUGAGUGGCCGCCGUCCACACUCUUGCAGUCACAGUCCUGGGACCACGUGGGGAUGCUGCUGUGGCUUCUUGCCUUCUCCAUUCUGGGUCUCCAGGCCUGGGGGGAUUUCCCACAGUUCUCCUGGAGUGAGACCGAAGCCAGAGGCUCGUCGCAGAGGUUUAUGGGCCUGUUUGGCAGCAUCCCGCAGCUCACUCACAAGAGCCGCAAUGAUACUCCCACCAUUAUCCCCCGCAAGGAAUGGGGGGCAAGACCGCUGGGCUGCAGUGCCUGGCUGACCCUGCCUGUGGCCUACGUCAUCACAGACCAGCUGCCCGGGAUGGAGUGCCAGGAGCAGAGCGUUUGCAGCCAGAUGCUGCGGGGGCUGCAGUCCCAUUCUGUCUACACUGCAGGCUGGUGCGAUGUGGCAUACAACUUCCUGGUUGGGGAUGAUGGCAGGGUGUACGAAGGUGUUGGCUGGAACAUCCAAGGCUUGCACACCCAGGGCUACAACAACAUCUCCCUGGGCAUCGCCUUCUUUGGCAGUAAGAGAGGCAGCAGUCCCAGCCCCGCUGCCUUCUCAGCCGCAGAGGGUCUGAUCUCCUAUGCCAUCCAGAAGGGUCACCUGUCACCCAGGUAUAUUCAGCCACUUCUUCUGAAAGAAGAGAUCUGCCUGGACCCUCAACAACCAGUGAUGCCCAGGAAAGUUUGUCCCAACAUCAUCAAAAGAUCUGCUUGGGAAGCCAGAGAGACACACUGCCCUAAAAUGAACCUCCCAGCCAAAUAUGUUAUCAUCAUCCACACUGCUGGCACAAGCUGCCCUGUGCCCACAGACUGCCAGACUGUCGUCCGAAAUACACAGUCCUUUCACAUGGACACACGGAACUUUUGUGACAUCGGCUAUCACUUCCUGGUGGGCCAGGAUGGCGGCGUGUAUGAAGGGGUUGGAUGGCACAUCCAAGGCUCCCACACUUACGGAUUCAACGAUAUUGCCCUAGGAAUUGCCUUCAUCGGCAACUUUGUAGAAAACCCUCCAAAUGCUGCAGCACUGGAGGCGGCCCAGGACCUGAUCCAGUGUGCCGUAGUCGAGGGGUACCUGACUCCCAACUACCUGCUGAUGGGCCACAGUGAUGUGGUCGACAUCCUGUCCCCUGGGAAGGCUUUGUACAACAUCAUCAGCACCUGGCCUCAUUUCAAGCACUGAAGGAGGCCCUGCUCCCUCCAAGACUGCCCUCCCUCCCCUGCUGGGCCUCUCCCAUCCUCACCAGCCACCCUGGCUCAGCACCUUGUGUUCCCCUCCCCUGCCAGCCCAUCCUGUCCCUCCUUUCUCAGGUUAGGAUAGUCACAUCCUAACCAGCAUCCUGCCAGCACCCUCCAGGAGCCCCAAGACCUUGCAGCUGCGCAUUCACA